AUGAGUGUGAAGAUGGAGGAGUGCAUCAGGAGUGGUUUUGAGGAACAUCUCUCAGAGAGUGUGAGCGUGCAGGAAGAGGACGUGUAUUCAGGAGUCACCCGUCUGUUGGACAAGCGCAGACAGAUUAAAGACGUGGACAGUGUGUUGAGGACACAGAGACGGGAGUUUGAGAUGAAGAGAGAGAGUCUCAGACAGAGAAGAGAAAAAUUGAAGAAAAAAGAAGAAGAUCUCAAAGACUCUUUACUCAAGUUCGACAAAUUUCUUAAAGAGAAUGACGCUAAACGAGCGAGAGGUGUGAAGAAGGCGGAGUCUGAGCGAGCCAUACUGAGAGAGCGAGAGCGGGAGCUGGAGCUGUUACACACACACAUCGCUGCCCUGCUGGUGAAAAAGGAGAAACUGCGUGCGAGAGUCGAGCGAUUCAGAGUCUACUGUGAGUUCUUACACGCCGUCCUGAAGAUGGCCAACAAGUUUGAGGACAUCGGGCAGCUUGUGGCUCGCUUCGAGACGCUGAUAUCGACGCGAGAGCAUCUGCUGAGACGGCAGGGCGAGGUGGAGAGACAGAGAGAGAGCGACAGCUUAGAGCUGAGACGCUACGUCAGCGAACAAAACGCCAUCUUACUGCAGUACAACAACACGCUGUCACAACUACAGACCGAGCUGGACAACGUCGUGUCUCACACACUCGCACAGGAACUGUCGUGGAAUCAGAUCCAGGCAGCAGCAGUGAAAGAGAUGAGUCUGUUGAGUCAGAUAAAGGUGGUGACCCUUAACCUUUAUCACAUGACUGGCGGCAUCAUGGGUGGAGAUGAGGGUGUUGAUGUGGAUGACACGGUGGAACAGUUGGACCGAAUUCGGCUGUAUAUCGAGGAUCGGGCCGAGAUCCUGACGCAUCUCAGAUCAGACAGGAGCAGCAGAUCGCCCAGGCUGAGCGAUGGAGAGUAA